CACAGUGAGUACAGCACGCACACGCAGGAAACGCACGCACUCAGGCCUGAUCGGGUUCCAAGGCCACACAUUCCCUAAAUGAGGAACGCUGCUAACUACCGGGGUGGCUUUUUGUGCUUCCUCGGAAUUCCCAAAGCCUGGAUUGAAAUUUCAAACACCCGAUGACAACUCUGGCUCAAGCGAGGACGUCAUGGCCAAGGUGUAUGGAAUCUAUGUGGGAAUACUAACAGGGCUGGCCUUGUGCGAAUGGUCCUUGGCCGGCUGGAACGACACCAGUGAAGCUGUCAAUCAAACGGAGGCCCCCUGCCAUCGCCAUGGCAACAGAGGCAACUGCACAGUACCCAGUACGGGACAGUGGAAUGGACACUUCACCAAAUGUCCACAAGAAUUCUACCACUACUGCAUCCACGGGGAGUGUCGCUUUAUUAAAGAUCAGAAGGCGCCGUCCUGCAGGUGUCAGCGUGGCUACAUUGGCUCCAGAUGUGAGUACGUGGACCUGGACUGGCGGAGAGGAGAGAGGCAUCAGAUGAUCAUCAUCUGCGUCAUUGCGGCACUCGUGGUCCUCCUUCUUCUCAUUGUGUUCAUCUUUGUCUGUUCACAUCGCAGGUUCAGAAUUUGCCGGAAGAGGGGACGGCAGCGGGAGGAACCAAGGAACGGGAUGGAGAAACUCCAUAUGAUGGAUACGCAUGCACAUCCCGUAACACCAGACUCAGUGGAGCCUUUAAACUACAAUGACGUAUGACAGCAGUGUUUGUGCGUGGCUUAUGUGUCUGAGGACACUUCAGAUGUUGUCCUGUCGGAUGCAGAGGGGUACCGAUCGAGGUCCGUCCCUCUGGGCUGGUCAGAACUGAAUCCUUCCUAAUGGGGAGACAUUUCUGUACAUGCUCGAAGACAUCAAACAGGAAGCCUAAACAAACCAGAGUCCUUGAGGUAGAGAACCAAGAAGAUACUUUGUUCGAUUUAUGAUAACGACAAGCCAGAGAUUAUCGUUCACUGGAACACGCUGUACUUGUUGAGGAGCUACUGACGGUUAUGUCCUCUUGAGAGCCGCCAACUGUGGAUUGUUGUGCCGCAAAAUCAAUAUUUUCCAUCAUUUCACUUUAUCCACAGCACCUUCCUGCGUAUCCUUUGAACUGUACCAAGGAUAUAGUUAUUGGUCAACAUUAGGAAUGCAAAAAGGUCCUUGGCAACCAAUAAGAUGUUCGACCAAUUCCUAUACCCACGCUUUACCUUUCCAUAACCCUAAACUUUAACACGAACGCUAAGCCUAUCCAAGUCCCGAUACCGUAAAUCUAAAGUCAAACACUAAACACUAACCUUAAAUGCAGGUUGAAUAUUUUGUAAAACCAUUUAUGGUUUCUAUUUAAGUGUUACACCACAUGACAUGUUUAUUUUUUUGGGGGGGGGGGGGGGGGGGGGGGGUUGUGUUUGUAAAAGAUUGUGGACUCUAAAAUCCAAAGGAGGAGGACAAGGAGGACUUGUUAGUGUAUAUUUGGACACAGGCAGCUUCCGGGCCCGAACAACCCAGCCAGUGUGUGACGGAGGAGAAAGUUGUCUGCUGUUGGUGAAGCCUGCUCGCAUUUAUUUAAGUCUAAUUUGCGUCCAUUAAACUGUAUAUGUGUCA